UGAGAACUACUACGAAGUUGAAGAUGCCUGAUCCAGUUAAGGCUCCGAAGAAGGGCUCAAAGAAAGCCGUCUCUAAGAGCGUCUCCAAGACCGGCAAGAAGAAGAGGAAGACCAGGAAGGAGAGCUACGCCAUCUACGUGUACAAGGUCCUGAAGCAGGUCCACCCCGACACCGGCAUCUCGUCCAAGGCCAUGCUGAUCAUGAACUCGUUCGUGAGCGACAUCUUUGAGCGCAUCGCCGGCGAGUCCUCCCGUCUGGCUCACUACAACAAGCGCUCCACCAUCACCUCCAGGGAGAUCCAGACCGCCGUCCGCCUGCUGCUGCCCGGUGAGCUGGCCAAGCACGCCGUGUCUGAAGGCACCAAGGCCGUGACCAAGUACACCAGCUCCAAGUAAACCCGCUGCUACACCCAGCAACACAAAGGCCCUUUUCAGGGCCACCCACUGCUUCAACUCAGAGCUGCCUUCCUCAUGAUUCACUUGAUUAUACAACUACUACGUCUCUCUCAACUCAAAAGGUGAUGCUGUUUCCUCUCCUGUCUGUUCAUGGAGCUGCUGAAGGAGAAUUACCAACUGAAUCUGAUGAAGUCCUGUGUGCACGUUACUCUUUAUAACAGUCACUCUUCUCCCCAACUAUGACCCUGCUGUAAACCACAUUAUCUUUGUUUUUAUUUAUUAAGCUAUAUGACAUUUCAUUCAUCAGGAUUUCAUUAUGCUGUAGAACAAUAUUAUCUGUGUUACAAACAGAGAAAGAGGUUUCCACACCAGCUGAAGCAGAUUACGGUGAGAUAUGAUCACUCUGUGUGGCAGAAGACAGAAACAUUCAUUAUUGUUAUCUGCAGUAACAGGAUCGCAUGAUUUCAACCUGACGAUCAUUAUCAGAGGUGCUGAAAUUAAUAUCUGUGUGGAUUUCUGGUGAUUUCUGAGUGUUUUCAGUUAGUUUUGUUUUCGUGUCUGUCAUCCUAACGUACAGUCCCAAAGGGGCGGUUCCUUUGUCUGAAGGGAUAUUAAAUCAAACAAAUGAUGAAUUUUCAUUAAAUGAUGACGUUAGUCAAUGAUUAAAAGAUCACAUCUACCUUUGAAGAUUUCACUUAUUCCCACAAUUUCGUCGCAAAAAACUGACCCAAAUCUUUACAACUUUUAUUGCAGUUUUAUAGAAAAGCGGCCAAAAAGUCUGACAUGUUCGAGCGGAACAAUCAGUAAAAAUGCCCGCAGAAUCCUGGAGGGACCGAAUAUCAAGUCUUGUCUCUUCACAGCCCUGCUAGUCGUCGUGUCCUACAGAAUAUCAAGGCAGCUGAAACCGAGUUCUUAUUUUGGAUGAUAUAAAUAAAUCUGAUGGUGGAUUUUGAA